AUGGAGGGCGGCAAGCUCGGUGCCUCGCCCGGCAGCCGCGACGACAGCGCGGGCGGCUUCCCGGCCAAGGCGGCGGCGGGGCCGGCGGGGGACGCGGCUCGCGGCAGCCCGAAGGAGCACGGCAACUCGGUGUGCUUCAAAGUGGACGGCGGCGGCGGCGGGUGCGAGGAGCCCGGCGCGGCCGAGGGCGAGGGCGAGGGGCCGCCGCGGCAGUACGGCUUCAUGCAGCGGCAGCUCACCUCCAUGCUGCAGCCCGGCGUCAACAAAUUCUCGCUCCGCAUGUUCGGCAGCCAGAAGGCGGUGGAGAAGGAGCAGGAACGGGUUAAAACUGCGGGGUUCUGGAUCAUCCACCCCUACAGCGACUUCAGGUUUUACUGGGACUUAAUAAUGCUUAUAAUGAUGGUUGGCAAUCUUGUCAUCAUACCAGUUGGAAUCACGUUCUUUACAGAGCAAACAACAACACCAUGGAUUAUUUUCAAUGUGGCAUCAGACACUGUUUUUCUAUUGGACUUGAUCAUGAAUUUUAGAACUGGGACUGUCAAUGAAGACAGCUCUGAAAUAAUACUGGACCCUAAGAUCAUUAAGAUGAAUUAUUUAAAAAGUUGGUUUGUAGUUGACUUCAUUUCAUCAAUACCAGUGGAUUAUAUCUUUCUUAUUGUAGAAAAAGGAAUGGAUUCAGAGGUUUACAAGACAGCUAGAGCACUUCGUAUUGUGAGAUUUACAAAAAUUCUCAGCUUGUUACGUUUAUUGCGGCUUUCAAGAUUAAUUAGAUACAUCCACCAGUGGGAAGAGAUUUUCCAUAUGACAUACGAUCUGGCAAGUGCUGUGGUGAGAAUCUUUAACCUGAUUGGAAUGAUGCUGCUACUAUGCCACUGGGAUGGUUGUCUUCAGUUCUUAGUACCUUUACUUCAGGAUUUCCCACCAGAUUGCUGGGUGUCCCUAAAUGGUAUGGUUAAUGAUUCCUGGGGAAAGCAGUACUCAUAUGCACUCUUCAAAGCUAUGAGUCAUAUGCUUUGCAUUGGUUAUGGAGCCCGGGCCCCUGUCAGCAUGUCUGAUCUUUGGAUUACCAUGUUGAGUAUGAUUGUGGGGGCUACAUGUUAUGCCAUGUUUGUUGGUCAUGCCACUGCCCUAAUUCAGUCUUUGGAUUCCUCUAGACGGCAAUACCAAGAGAAGUAUAAACAAGUGGAGCAGUACAUGUCAUUCCACAAAUUACCUGCUGACAUGCGCCAGAAGAUCCAUGAUUACUAUGAGCACCGUUACCAAGGCAAAAUCUUUGAUGAGGAAAAUAUUCUUAGUGAGCUCAAUGAUCCCCUUCGAGAGGAGAUAGUCAACUUCAACUGUCGGAAGCUUGUUGCCACAAUGCCUCUUUUUGCCAAUGCAGACCCAAAUUUUGUGACUGCCAUGCUGAGCAAACUGCGUUUUGAGGUGUUCCAGCCUGGUGAUUACAUUAUCCGAGAAGGUGCUGUGGGUAAAAAGAUGUAUUUUAUUCAGCAUGGGGUCGCUGGUGUCAUCACCAAGUCCAAUAAGGAGCUGAAGCUGACAGAUGGCUCUUAUUUUGGAGAGAUUUGCCUUUUGACUAAGGGCCGCCGAACUGCCAGCGUACGAGCCGACACAUACUGUCGCCUGUAUUCCCUCUCUGUGGACAAUUUCAAUGAGGUUCUGGAGGAGUACCCCAUGAUGAGAAGGGCCUUUGAAACAGUGGCCAUCGACAGGCUAGAUAGGAUAGGGAAGAAGAACUCAAUUCUCCUGCAAAAGUUCCAGAAAGACCUCAAUACUGGAGUUUUCAACAAUCAGGAGAAUGAGAUCUUGAAGCAGAUAGUGAAACAUGACAGAGAGACAGUUCAGGCUAUUGCCCCAGUUAGCCUACAGCAAAUGUCAGCACUGAAUUCUAGCAGUACUUCAUCCCGCAUCAGGACACAGUCGCCUCCUGUUUAUACUGCGACCAGCCUGUCUCAUGGAAACCUGCAUUCUCCAACACCAGGCACACAGACACCUCAGCAAGCUGUCAUUCUCUCUCCUUGCUCCUACACUACUGCAAUCUGUAGUCCACCAGUACAGAGCCCCCUGGCAGGUCGAACUUUUCAGUAUGCAUCACCAACUGCUUCACAGUUGUCAUUAAUGCAGCAGCAGCAGCAGCAACAACAACAGCAGCAACAACAGCAACAGCAGCAGAAGCAGCAGAAGGCACCUACUUCAUCACAGAAAAAUGAAGUUCACAAGAGUACACAAGCUCUUCACAACACUAACCUGACAAGAGAGGUGAGACCUCUCUCUGCCUCACAGCCUUCUUUGCCCCAUGAGAUUUCUACUCUUAUCGCCAGACCUCAUCCAACAGUUGGAGAGUCCCUAGCCUCCAUUCCACAACCUGUCUCCAGUGUCCAAGGGUCAGGUAUGCAGGCUGGGAACAGGGGCACUGUCCCACAGAGAGUUGCUCUCUUCAGACAGAUGUCUUCAGGAGCAAUUCCUCCUAACCGAGGGGCCACGGCACCAUCAGCAGCUCUAAAAAGGGACUCUUCCACAGUCUUAAGCACAGACCUUGAAGGAGACAAACCACGAUUUGCUUCAAACUUAUGAUCCCUGCUAACUGUGAAAAGCAGAGACAUUGUAAUAAACUGAGCAUCAUCCCAGGAAUAUUUUAGCCUAUUUCCUAAUAGACCCUGGUAGUCUGUUAUGAAAACAAACAAACAAAACUUUAGCUAGUUUUGCCCUACAUAACGAAUGUAAAAUAUGUGUGUACACAUAUAUCCUAAAAAAGGAGUUUAAAAACCUGUUUAGAGUUCAUGUCUUCCUUUCUUAUAAUCAGCAAAGGAGUCUAAAUUUUGUUGUAAUAUUAUUUAUUUUUAAUCUGUGUUGACUUUAAUCUAACGGAUUUCUCUAUUUAUGAAGAGGUCUCCUAUUUUAAUGGCGGGGGGGGUGGGGAAACUUAACCCAGUGAUAACUUCAUGAAAUGAAAAUAUUAUUUAUUCCAGGAACUAAACUUAACAGAACAGAAAGAAAACCCUCAACCUAACUAGGAAAUAGCAACUAUUCAAUAAUAUUUUUAACUUUCACUAAUAUAAGUUCUGUAUACAAAUUGUGAAUUAUUUAUUACAGAGAAUCCAGUCAUAGUCUCCCAUUGCUUUUUCCAUUUUGGUGCUUUUCAUUCAGAACUAGAUUGAAUAACAGAUAUACUGCAACCAUCUACAGUCAGAGGACAAGAUUACCACUGCUCUGGAUAAUUCUAACCUCAAAACAUAUAAAUCAUUCUGUUGUUUCAGAAAACUGGGAGGACAUUAAUCUUCAUAUUGCAAAAGACUUUUAUGAAGACUAUAAAUAUUGUCAUUGUAAAUAACUUUUUAGACCCAAACACAAAUAGCUGCUGUGUGGUGUACCAUUGCAAAUUCUUUGUUUAGGAAUUUAGGUUCAGCUCUUCACUUCAAAAAUUAAAGUUUUAAAAUUUAUUCAAUCUAAGUGCAACACAACUGUUAAAUUGUAAUGCAGUGGCUUAAAACCUACAAUGUUACUUUUACAUGCAACAUUUUUAUGCAAAAUUGUACGCUUGAUCCUGCAAACUGCUUGUAUUUCACCAAUCACUUUUCUUCUUCCUUGGCCUAAACAGUGUCUGAAAAUAUCCCAUGCAUGCUUUUUUUAAAAACAAGAGCAACAAUAAAUAGGUUCAGUCAGCCAUUGUAGGGAAAGGCUUUAGGGUAUCUUAGAAAAUAAUAAACAUUCAUUAAUUGUGGCUACCUUAAAAUUCCUAUAAUGCUGACUUUGAAUCAUUGAUUUGAGUCUAGAAGUGAAUUUUUUUCAUUUAAAGAAUUAUUUGUAAACCACAGCUUGAUUUAGAAUUUCAGCUGCUUUCUGUGUCCUCACUGUAGUUUUGUAGCUGACUGUGGUGUUAAUUUAAACAAAAUAAAUAUAAUAUAGCAUCAAGUCUGUCUGGGAAUGCACGAUUUGCUCUGUGUAUAUUGUAAUAAAAUGGAUAGUUUAUCCUAAGGCAUGUAGCAUCAAACAUAGCCCAUAGAUAUGAGGUUUAUUUUUUUUAAUGUCUUCAAAACAGAAAGGAAAUGGUGACAGAAAGCAGGGUUAAAGCAUACUGUUUUGUGAACAUUUUAUUUUGUUUGCUCAGAUCUUACAUUACCUUGUAAUUAUUUAGCUUCUCCACAAAGGAAGUCCAUUAGUUAUCGUUUGUGCCUGAUGUGUCACAUUAAAUAGAGAUUGAAACUGAACAUGUCAUAAUUCAACUAUUAUUGAUAAAACAGCACUAUGGACUUAAAUACCAAGCAUAUAUUAUAUUCUCUAAAACAAUAUACUAGCCAUGCUAAGGAAAUGCUUUCAAAGGCAGUCUUCUUUUCCCAUUGAUGCUGGCUUUAUGUUGUAUGGGAAAAAUUAAAUAACAUCAUAAACUACCCAAAGCAGUGCGUCCAGAUAUACUUGAGAGCCAAGUAAAUUUCUAAAGCUAACACAGCUUGAACCCAUGCUGCCUGUUAUGCCUUUUACUCAAAUGGUACAUCAGAUACAAACAAAUGAUCAUUUUACAACUUAUGUCAAUUCCCAGUCACUAACACAGAUCAGUGUAAUUAUCCCAUUAUCGUGUUGCUGACAUCAUUAAAACAAAUGGCCAAGAAUAGUGUAUAAGGAAGAGAUUUCUAAAAAUGAUUGAAACAUUAUGGAUACGCUGCAAGACCAUUUAUUUAUCGAUAAAAUGGCUCUUAUUUUAUUUUAAUACUACUCAUAAUUCCUGUCCAAUUUAUUAUGAUACUAUUCUGAUCCUUGAAAUUGUUUAAGGUUUACAUUUGAUAGGAGUAAUGGGGUUGGUAGUGAAAUAUUUUUAUAUAUAUUCUUAUUUUAUUUUAAGCACUAUGAAGAAACAUUAACUCACAUGGUCUUUCAGUGAAACCAUAAAAAUACUUUUUAAUGACUUUGUAAUAGAGUGGACAAUAUCUAGGAUUUGUAUGUUCAAAUUCAAUAAAAAUGGUACAGGGUAUAAAUUAUAUACAUAUAUAUAUGUAUGUAUGAAUGUAUAUAUACUUAGGUUAAGAAACAAAUUACACACAUUCCUGUAAUAUAAAGGUCCAUUGCUAGUUCCAGAAUUGACCUAUUUUCUCUGUACAUAAGUAAGCCCAUAACUAUGGAAUCUCACAUCUGUACAGAAUGAAAUGUGUUAAUGAAAAAGUUGGAUCUUACUGCUGCUGGGAAGACAAUAGAUUAACUGAUUCUUACAAUAACUGUAUGAUCAGGGAUGAGUUAGAAUUUUUCUUUUGUCUUUGCUCAAAGCCAUAAAUAUAUAUAAAAGGUUAUUAAUAAAU